ACACAUUUUUCCGAGCAGUUUUUUUACGGAAAAACUAAGAUACAUGCAUAAAACUGGGAUUGUUGUAAAAAAAAGUAUUUUUAAAGUGAUUAUCGUGGUUAGAAUUGAGGGAAUUCCCGAAUAUUCGACCUCAAUUAUGGCAGUCUGUGGCAGCGUCUGUGUUUGUCCCGAUGAGUCCCUUCCGUCAUUGUCACUCAUUGAGCAUCUUUUCCUUCGUUUGUCCAAUUCGGGUCACCAUUACUCAAUCCUUCGACUGUUGUGAUAGUCCGAUUUUGUURGGGCCAAGUCAUCACUUUCCAAAAGAGGUCAAAAAUCUUACAUAACAACUGCAAGGUCGGUGCAUCACUAACCAGUUCUUGCACGAAGAAGAGGGGACCAAGAAAUCCGGCAAUCUCGUCGCCGUCCCAUCCCAUAAACAUUAUCAUUCCGAACUCACGUGUAGUUAAGCAUCUCCCUUCUCCACGAAGGUUCAAAGAGACUCUUUACGAAGCAAUUUAACAAUUUGCGUUAUUCGCAGUAGUUAUGCCAGUCUGUCGCCUACGCAACUCGAAAGCCUGCGAAUUUACCGGUUGGAUUUUUCUUAGGAAUCCAAGAACUGUUAAGUGUUGCGGUCGCUUCUGUUUCGGCGUUUUUUUUUCCGAAUGAGUUUUCAGUGCGGCAUGUGAAUCAAUCAUGAUUUCAUCUAAUUGUGUAAGUGUAUUGUACGGUAUUGACAAUUACAACAAAUGUGCCCAAUGCUUGUGAUCGCAUGUGGAAUUUUUUAUGUGGGAAGGCGAAUUUAGAAUAUACGGAUGGUAAAUGGUUGCGGCCACAGAUAACCACAAGAAAUCCCUAAAAAUGGACAAUAUGGGUUUCCAAGACUCCACCAACUCUCGCAAGCUGGGCCGCUCCGUGAGCGUGAACGUCGAAGUGGAAAGUUUCCCGUUGUACAAAACACACACGUGUCCCUCGGGUCUUCGGUGGCGUCGUCCUCGCGAAGAUCCGGAGAUCGUGGUGGAAGAGGAGUUUCCUUCUGACGACUUCGAGUAUAUGGAGUGUGGCCCUUCGCCCCCGGCCGACCACACACCCAACAUCUACGAGAGUUUCGAGGAGUUUUCCCGAAGUGAGCUCACAGUGCAGAUUUGCCACGAUACGAUCAAGAUGAACCUCCUUGAGCACAUGAAGAUGGCCUCGGGGCGUCACCAGCUCCUUGACGACAUCGAGUGCAAGAAGACAAGUCAGGAGAACCUCACCGAGGCCUUUCACGGGGCCACCAAGCUCGAAAUCAACAUCGCGUUCUUGUGGGCUGCUUUCAUGAAACGAUGGGAGCUUUUGGAUGGCCUCUUGAAAUUGGGGGCCCAAUUGCGGUACUACGAGCCCAGUCAAGGCCUCAGCGCCCUCCACUUGGCGUCUUUCAGUGGGUGCAUCCCCGGAACGCAAUUCCUACUAGCCCAAGGGUGUGACGUCAACGCGAUUUUCAAGUGUUACACUCCAUUGCAUUGUUCGGCUUUCGGGGAUAGUCCCGAAACGGCGAUGAUUUUGUUAAAUAAUGGAGCGAGGGUUCAAGCUUUAACUAACAGUCCGAAUAAUUGCCACGAGAGUGUCCUACAUUGRGCGGUCKGAGCCAAUGCGAUUGCUUGUGUUCGGUUGUUUACGGCAGAGGGGGCUGAUGUGGGCCAAUUUGAAUUUUCGGGGAUGUCCCCAGUACACCUCGCGGCYGAUUUAGGCCAUCCACAAUGUCUUAAAAUAAUGUUGGAAGCGAAAGGUGUUAACGUCAAUGCAAAAACAAAAGAAAAGGAAUUAACGCCGUUACAUCUAGCCGCCGAGGGAGGKUACGUUGAYUGUGUUGAAAUCUUGUUAGAUAAAGGAGCUGAUGCGAAUAUACGUAACCAUCGAGGGCAAACACCGCUCCAUCUAGCGGCGCGAGCGCAAGCCUAUGAUUGUGUCGACAUGCUCUUAAGGAAGGGUAACGCCGAUCCAAAUAUCGGCGAUUUUGAUAAYAGAACGCCUCURCAUGCUGCUGUGUGCAAAGCGGCYAGGUCUUACGAUAUAAUUGAGAUUUUGGUGAGUUGGGGUGCUGAUGUUAACACCAAAGACCAAUACGGCUACACCCCUUUACAUAUAGCCGCCUUGAAUGAGUUGUCACAAUGUGUAGAAAUCUUGAUCUAUCACGGAGCAGACGUAACGGCUAAAUCGAAAUUCGGAAUGACAGCUCUUGGUAUUAUCACUCGAAAAACCCCAGCAUCUCUUGCAAUGGUCACUCAUAAGCUCGACUCGGCUAUAACCCUCCACCACCAUCCCGAAUCCUCGAAUCGCGAAGUGGAAUUACGACUAGACUUCAGGAGCAUCCUCCAACAUUGCCACCCUCGCGAGAUAAGUUUCCUCAACACUUUCGUCGAUGAAGGCCAGAAGGAAAUUCUCUUGCACCCACUUUGUUCUGCUUUUCUGUACCUCAAAUGGGAGAAGAUCCGCAAYUACUACAUAGCCCGGAUGUUYUUUUGUUUUAUUUUCGUUUUGAGUUUGUCUCUUUACGUUUUAACYGCUUUGGCUCAUAAUUGUUACAAUCAUGGUAAAAACAUGAACGAUACUCAGCCCCAAAACGUGAUUGAGUUGUGUGAGAAGAAAUCCAUGAUGGGGCACAUGUUACGGACUAAUCCUUUCGUUAUCGAAAUGCAAUGGUUCGUGCUGGUGGGCAUCACCUGUUGUGAAAUAUUGAGGAAGGUGUAUGGUAUCGCGGGGUACCCCACUGUCAAGCAAUAUCUAUCGCAUCCGGAGAAUAUAAUCGAGUGGACUGUUAUUGUUAGUGUUUUUGUUAUUUCUUUUAUUUACACCGGACGAACGUACACUUGGCAGAACCACAUUGGGGCUUUUGCCGUGUUGUUCGGUUGGACUAAUCUAAUGCUAAUGAUUGGUCAGUUGCCAGUGUUUGGGUCCUAUGUUGCUAUGUAUACUAGAGUACAAGGGGAAUUUGCCAAAUUACUUUUAGCUUACUCGUGUUUAUUGAUAGGUUUUACGAUAAGUUUUUGUGUGAUCUUCCCGGACUCGUCAACGUUUGCCAAUCCCUUUAUCGGUCUUAUUACCGUUCUUGUAAUGAUGACGGGUGAACUAAACCUAGAUUUGCUCGUGGAUGACGACCCGGAAGAUCCCCCUUUUCUGUUAGAAAUAAGUGCGCAAGUUACCUACAUACUCUUCCUACUCUUUGUUACUGUUAUUUUAAUGAACCUUCUCGUGGGUAUAGCCGUUCAUGAUAUACAAGGUUUGCAGAAAACGGCCGGCUUGUCGAAACUUGUCCGUCAAACUAAAUUGAUUUCGUACAUGGAGCUGGCACUUUUUAACGGAUAUUUACCGCGAUAUCUCCUGAAUUUGCUUCAUUGGACGGCUUUAGUGUCCCCGAAGGCGUACAGAGUUGUUUUGAAUGUGAAACCACUGAAUCCGAGAGAGAAACGCCUCCCUAGAGAUAUACUAAAGGCGGCACAUGAAAUCGCCAAAAAGAGAAAACACUACGCACACACGAUUUCGUCUAAUGGUAGUAAUGCUACUACCAGAAAAAUUAUUAUUAACAAUAAUAUGGAUCAGAACAGUGAGAUUUUGGAGUAUCCAAGUGCCUUUCCUUUACUUCAAAGUAAAAUUGAGAAAAGUACCGAGCAGAUUGAACAUUUAAGUAAAGAAGUGCGCGAGCUGAAGAUUGCUCUUCAAAACAACCAGAAGAUUAUGGAACAGGUGUUGCAUGGUUUAGUGAAUAAGAAGAAUAGCUCAAAUUGUUAGGAAUGUACAGACUGUGAUGUAUUUCAUAUCAGAUUUUAUGAGUAAAUAUACGUAAAAGAUGUUAUUUAUGUUAUUCCUUAUUUUAGAGAUUAAAUUUUAUCUUGCCAUUAAGCAAUGUGUGAUAUUAGUGAAAUAGUGGUUGUGAGAUUAAUUUUGUUAUACAAAUAGUGUCUCGUAUUGUCAUACUUAGUUUUACAAUGCUUCGUAUUACAGUAUUAUACUUCAAGUGCCUUCUAUUGACAAUAACAGUAUAUUCUACGUCUUCAAUAAACUGGCUUGUGAAGUAGCUUUCUUUUUA